GGUCAUCGUUCAAGUUACUCUUCUCCAACUCUUCCACUUGGAUCGCUUCCCUUUGCGUCGUCGUCGUUCACUAAUCGCUCAUACACGUCGCCAAUUAUAUGUGUACACACAUUAUGAUGACUUUGCAGAACGCGCCUUACAGCCGGUGUGUCUUCGGGACACAGCUUGAAAAACGACCAAUAUCAUGUUCAUACUAUUUAACGUAUGCCUACUAGAGAUCAUUCUGUGUUUCCUUCCUCCAGGUCUUUAUCCGACAGAAACUCGCAAGAGGACGCACCGCGCGGAGGGUCUGGACUCUGGAAUCGCGACUACCUCAAGUCAUCAUUUGUGACAUUACUUCACAUCUAUGCACAUCGGCAACUCUGUUGUGCUCACACUCUACGACCUCAGUGCCUUACACGCCCUCGGUGAUCCUCGCCGACUCGGAGGUGCCAUAGCCUUGGGAUCCGAGCGGCCAUCUACUAACAGUAGCUCCGUCGCAGUAUCAUUGCCCCCGGGUUCAGCGGCGAUUGAAGCCAAGCAGCGCC